AUGCGUAUCGAAAAGUGUUAUUUCUGCUCGGGACCAGUUUACCCUGGUCAUGGAGUUAUGUUUGUACGGAACGAUUGUAAGGUAUGACACCGUCCUAUAAGUGUUAUAGUCAUAUAGCAAUGACAGAAAACUGCGUUUGGCUGUAAAUGUUGGCCUGUUAGCAUGAUGCUAAUGUUAGCUGAAAACGCAGCGUGCUGUGUUCGCUCACGUGGGUUUUAGAAAACUGAAUAAUAGACGGGAUUAACUUCUGUGUCUUUACAAUGUUCAGAUAAAAAUGAAGAAUCUCAAACCUAUCCAUCUGUUGAAGACUAUGUUUGUACUGUCUUUAGAAAAAAACAUGUAGAUAAUAAUCCUGAUAUUUAACCCGAAGUUCCUCGGCCCUACUUUAUAGAGCUAUUGCGCCCCCUGAAGGUGCGCUGUAUAACGACAAUGUCUUAUGAUCCUUUUACUUUUCUUAUAUUUUUGAGGUUUUUUGGGGAUUAUUUCAAACAAAUUUAACUGGGAUUUGUGUCGUUGACGUCUUUAUAUCAUUAUCUGUCAAUGUAAACUAUCAACUGUCAUCUAUUACUUAUCUAUGCCUUUUCACCUGACUUGUUGUUUUAUCAUCCACUGAGUUCUGCCUGUUUCUGCCUUUGUUAGUUUUAUCUGUUAAAGCACUUUGUAAACAUAUGUUUUUAUAGCUGCUAUAUAAAUAAAGCUGUUUUUUAAUGUUAUUAUUACUCAGGGUUGAACAAGUCAAAGAUCAGAUCAGUUUGUGUUAUUAUUGUCGUAAAACCAAUCAAUCAGAUUUUAUCUAUAUUGCGUCAAUUCACAACAGUCGUCAUCCCAAGACGCUUUUCAAAGAACAAGAGCAGGUCUAGACCACGCUCAUUGUUUGAUGAAUUAUCAAGACCCAACCUAGGAUGGAAUUUGGCCCAUCUCAUCUAACAUGAGAAACAGUGGCAAGAAAAAACUUCCUUUUAACAGGCAGAAACCUUGGGAAGGACCAGACUCAUGUUAGACAGCCACCAUGCCGCUGCUGGGUUGGGGAGGAAUACUGAGAGAUAGGGAGGGAGAGAGAGAGAGGGAGAGGAGUAGGAGAGAGGGCAGGGGAGAGAAAGAGAACAAGAUAGAGAGAAGGAGAGAGGGAAUAGGUAAGGGGGAGGGAGGGAGAGAAAGUAGAGAACGAGGGUGAGAGAGAGAGAGACAGGGGACAGCAGCAACAUUAAAACAACAACAACAACAACAGCUCAUGUAAUGAUCAAACAAAAUGAAUUCAGUUUACAGGGUUAGGAUGUGUUCUGUGUUUUAUGAGCAAAUCUUGAAUGACAUACUAGCCAUUAUUGAUAAAUCUGUAUAAAACUGAUAGCUUGUAACCCUCACAAAAUUUGUGUCGAAACUUAACGGCCGUAUAAUGAAAAUGUUCCCAUAAAACCCUAAACUUUCUUAUUUGUGUUGAGGUUGUGUGCUGUUAGAAAAAGGAGACUAUGUGUGCUUUUCUACCUGUUAUUUAUGUACAAGUGUGUGUGUUAAUUUAUGUCAUCUCUUUUGCAAAUGUAGUCAUUCAGGUUCUGCAGAUCAAAAUGCCACAAAAACUUCAAGAAGAAGCGUAAUCCAAGAAAAACCAGAUGGACCAAAGCAUUUAGAAAGGCUUCAGGAAAGGAGCUGACAGUGGUGAGUUCAUCUCUAUGGGGUUAUGGCUCAGUGUCAUAACUUACUUUCAGUGUCAUCAUGUAAGUUAAUGUAUUUUCUUUCAGGACAAUGCUCUGGAGUUUGAAAAACGCAGAAAUAUCCCUGUUAAAUAUAACAGGCAGCUGUGGGACAAGACAGGUAUUUCUUCAUUGCUUUCUCUUACGUAUUGAAUGGGAAAAUGCUUUGUCAUUUCAUUUUGAACUGAAAACUCACGUGUGGUUGAAAAUUUCCACAGUGGAAGCAAUGAGGAAGGUGGAAGAAAUAAAACGGAAACGACAGGCCAAAUUUAUCAUGAACAGGUGAGAAUGUCAUCUGGUUGCCCAUCAAUGAUGGAUGAUAAACAUGUUUUAGAUCCUCACGGUAUUUUUUUGACCCACUCUUAUUGCUGUGGUUUGUUACUUCACUUUUAUAGAUUAAAGAAGGGCAAACAGUUAGAGAAGGAAGAGGCCAUCAGCGAAGUGAAGAAAAAUAUCCACCUUAUCAAAGCACCACAUGCUGGUAAGUCACCAAAUAACAAGAAACAUUUUUUUGAAGUAUUUCUGUAAAUUAAAUGUAAUAUGAUAUGUUAAUAAUAGAAAAAAAUCCAAUUUGGAGAACAGACUAAUGUGGCAUUUUCUCCGUGAUUUCAUUGUUGUCCAAUUUUUUUGUUUGUUUUUACAGGGAAGGCAAAACAGCUGGAAGACAAAAUGGUGCAAAAGUUACAAGAAGAUGUGGACAUGGGAGAUGACGACAUCUGA